GGGGCGCUGAGGCAGAGAACCGGCAGGCCCCGACGCCUCAGGGCAGCGCCAGGCCUACAGCGCUGCGGGAGGCGGCGGGAGCAACAUGGCCGCCCGCCUCAGCCCAACCGUCCCCAGCGGUUACCGCCCCGCCCGGAAGUAGGAAGGAGCCGCGCGCGGCACGCGGCCACCCGCCCGCCCCAGCAUGCACCGCGAGCGCGAUCACGCGCGCCGCCUGCGCCAAGCCGUCCGGGCGCCCAGGCUGGGUCGGGGUGAAAUGGCAGCCUCUUCCUCAUCCUCUUCAGCCGGUGGAGUCAGUGGCAGCUCUGUAACGGGAUCGGGGUUCAGUGUUUCGGAUCUGGCACCACCCCGAAAAGCCCUCUUCACUUACCCAAAAGGAGCCGGGGAGACGCUAGAAGAUGGCUCUGAAAGAUUCCUCUGUGAAUCUGUCUUCAGCUAUCAGGUUGCAUCUACAUUAAAGCAAGUGAAACACGAUCAACAAGUCGCACGGAUGGAAAAACUAGCCGGUCUAGUGGAAGAGCUGGAGGCAGAUGAGUGGAGGUACAAGCCAAUAGAACAGCUCCUGGGAUUCACUCCCUCCUCAGGCUGAGCAUGUCUGCAUCACUGCUGUCAGGGAACAGAAGAAAAACAUUCUCUGGCCUGGCUUCAAAACACACCCCAAUUUAUCAGGAUGCUGACAGCUGCAUCGGCAGGACCAGGCUUUUUGUGUUGUUUUUUUUUAAGUUGAGAGUGGGGAUCCCCCAUAAAGCUGCCAAUAAAUGGAAAUGAUGGGAUUCUUAAGUCCUCUGCAGUGUUACAGGCUGGCAGGGCUCAGUUUCUGUAACUUAGAAGGUAGGAUCGAUUUUACAGAACUGGAAGAAUCACCUUAUUGUUUACAGAGGAGAGAAGACACACACAGUGUGGUGGCAGCGAAAGCAACCCAGUAACUCGGUCUGGCCUUUCCCCGGUGCAUGGCCAAAGGACUGAGCGAUGGGUAGGCUGGGAAGCCUGCAUCUUCGCUGCUCAAGCCGGGCCUCUAUAGAGCAGAGGUACAACGCCCUGCCGAAACCACUCUUCAGCCCUAGCCGUUGUUUUGGGGGAUGAACAGGAUGAGAACUGUCCCAGGUUGGCUGAGAGGGGACAAGCAGUGACGCUUUCUCCAGAAGUAGCUCACAUAUUGCCGAAGCUGUUUCCUCUUCAUUGUUUUUUCUCUUGUGUCUGCACUACGAGUCCUGGUAGGACACUGCUCUCUAAUGCAGAAGCUGUACCUUUAAUUUUUUUCCCUCUUUAUUAUGUAUUAGAUUGCUCUGAUAAUAAAUUAAUUCUGUCUUUGAAA